AUGACACCAGUGCUGGUUCCUACGGCAUGUGAGGACUGGUCUCUGAAUAUCGAUGAUGAGUCCACAAAGCGAUUUUGGUGGAAUAACACAUACAGUAUCACACUUUGGGAAGAGACGCUGAAUAUUGAACAACAAACAGACAAAAUCACGGACAGCGAUGUAUGGUCCAAGUUUAUUGACCUUCAGUUGAGAUGCGCUUUCAAAAUAUGUUCCAUUUGCCAUUCACCAGAGGGCAACUAUGACAUGAAAAUAUGUUGCUACUGCGGUAAUACUGUCCACGAAAAUUGCUCGGAACCUGCAGCACCUGAGCAGAUCAUGUGGAAACCUGCAAAUCUUGCAUACGUAGAACACAUGCGUGCCUGCUUUCAGUGCCAAGCAGUGGAUUACAAAGAGCCGUCGGUUCCUCAGUCGCCGAGCGAGUGCGACAAUGCUCGUCGUGCUGCGAAGAGAGCACUAACAAUAUCCGACGAGUAUCCACCGGCUACCGUUGAGCGGAUUCGAAAGCUCUUGCAGCAAGCAGAGACCACUUCUAAUGACGCAGUGCUCCUUGGCGAACUGAAAUCUAUCGUACAAGGUUUUUUUCAGUCCCCGCAGUCGCUACGGUUCUUGCGCAAAGAGCGCGUUGCCUCAAAAGGUGGCGGAAUAGGCGUGGUAGCAGCCCAGAAAAUACCUGCUUUCUCCAUUAUCGGUGUUUACCCCGGAUACCUGGAUUUCAUGAGUGGCGAGCAAGCCAAGUGUGGUCGGCCUGUACCGAAGUAUGCUUUGAUGGAGUACAACUGUGCCAAUUACUUUAAUGAGGUGUUUGUAGAACUUCAAACUACUUUCACGCCUUUUAUCAAUGAACCAAAUGUCGACGAAAAAAGCAACUGCGCCUGGAUCCAGGAGCCCCACCGCAAAAACGGGCGAUUGAGUGUCAUCUGCGUUCGGGAUAUUCAAGAGGGUGAGGAGCUUACGAUUGGAUACGGUCCCAUUUAUCCUCGCACGUAUCCGUAUUGCUAUGAUGCGUAUGCUUGCCACCAGAUUGAGGGACAUACCACGCAUCCGUGCUAUUCACUGUGGCACUGGCCUACCCUGCAGGAAGCAGACGCGCGAUUUGUGUGCUACAUUGGCUACACUGAGAGAGAGGAUUGCUAUGUUCUUUGGAAAAGCGAGACAUGA